AGCCUGGUAGCUCCAGCAAGACACAGCUCCUCAGAUUUUAAGAAUUUAAAUACACAAAAUGUCUCAGACACCCAAAGCUGCUGCUGCUGCUGCUGCAAGCCAGGGCACUGAUGCCAAGGAAAAGGGUACCCCAGGAACAGUCCCUGUUCCUGUUACAAAACCUUCAAAGAAAGAACCUGUUGUGGGAUCCUUCAAGGUCAUAAUCUUUGAGCAGGAGAACUUCCAGGGAAGGCACAUAGAACUUCUGAAUGAGUGUUUAAACCUUGGAGAGAGAGGUUUUGACAGAGUACGCAGUGUUAUUGUCGACUCUGGACCCUGGGUUGCUUAUGAGCAGUCCAACUUCCGUGGCGAGAUGUUUAUCUUGGAGAAGGGCGAGUAUCCUCGUUGGGAUACCUGGUCUAGCAGCUAUAGGAGCGACUGCUUCAUGUCCCUACGCCCCAUCCGAAUGGAUAGCCAAGAACAUAAAAUCACCCUGUUUGAAUCCGCCGACUUCAAGGGCAACAAGAUGGAAAUCAUUGAGGAUGACGUGCCCAGUCUGUGGGCCUAUGGAUUCUGUGACCGUGUGGGAAGCGUAAGAGUCCCCAGUGGAACAUGGGUUGGAUAUCAGUACCCUGGAUACAGAGGAUAUCAAUAUCUAUUUGAAAAUUGUGAUUACAAACACUGGAAUGAAUGGAGUGCCUUCCAACCACAGAUCCAGUCCAUCCGUCGUAUUAGAGACAAGCAAUGGCAUCAGAAGGGAUGCUUCCUUAUCCCUACCACUGCAAGCACAAUGUGAACACAUACAGAAUGACCCCAGUUUGACAGAGAUCUAUCAGGAAUCCAUGUUACAAAUUGACCUCACCCUAUUUUUUAAUCUACUCUGUCAAAUAUUGUACAUUGCUCAUUUACUGGAUGUUCUUUACUUUAUGAUGCAAAUAAAAACAAUUUCUGAGGUAAAAAA